AUGUAUGACGAGACUGCCAAUUCCUUUGCGUGGCUGUUUGAUUCAUUCUUGAAUGCAAUGUCAGGUAAAGCACCACAAACGAUUCUUACUGACCAAGAUGGUGCAAUGGCAAAGGCGUUGGCACAAGUUAUGCCGAGGACAAGACAUUUACUUUGCACGUGGCACAUCAUGGCAAAUGCACAGAAGCAUGUAGGCACCAUUUUUAGGAAUGAUGAAGGGAUUAAAAGUGUGCUGAGUCAAUUCAUGUACUGUUAUGAUGAUGAGGAUGAUUUUUGUAUACAAUGGGAUGUAAUGUUAAGGGACUACAAUGUUCUGAGUGAAAGUUUAAAUAGCUGCUUGAAAGAGUACUUAACUAGGAAAAUGAGUAUUCCAGAUUUCUUCAUGCACCUUGACAGGCUAUUGUCAGAUAAACGGUACAAGGACCAAUUCAUAGAAGCUUGUGUGGUUGGUACCGUGGAAGGAACAAGUUUUGAUGAAAAUGGAUUAUGUGUUUCUAGAGUAUCUGUUCAUGAUGGCAGUAUGGAUCAGACUGUAACAAGGUGGGAUGAUGGCUUUCUAACUUGUUCGUGCGGGAAAUAUGCAAUGGAAGGUAUUUUGUGCAGCCAUGUACUUAAAGUACUGAAAGACGACACUCAGUAUUUCAAAGAAUUACCUUCUAUGUAUAUACUAAAAAGGUGGACGAGAAAAGCUAGGGAUAACAGCAUACAAGACAUCCGUGGAUGUGAAGUUAUUGCUGAUCCUAAACUUGAAGUACGCAGAAGGUAUAGGAUGUCAUGUCAUUUUUUUACAGAAAUCAGCUCAUUUGCAUCCGAGAAAGAAGAGGUAUUCAAUAAUUUGAUGCUAAAGGGGAUGAAAUGGAAAAGGAAACACAUUAAUGUUGAAAGGCAAUGUUUCGAUGUUGAACAAGAGGCAACCAAUUCAGCUUUUUCAACUGAAAGAAGUAAUAAUCAUAAACAUAAUGAAAGUAUCAUUGGGGAAGCCGUGACCGGAAGUAAUGCCAAGGGUAUAAAGAAUAAAGAAACAGGUGGUAACGGACCAAGGCGCAGGAAGAAGAAUAAGUUUGAACAAUACAUGCAGAGAAAAAAAAACUAUGCGAAACGAAAGAAAUCAAAUGGCAACAACAGUGUUAGUGUAGGUGUAGGUGGCAGUAGUACCGUGCCACCUAUUACAUAUGUACGUCUGAAUGGUUGUGACAUUCCUAGCGACGCCACUUGGAUUUACGAAGAUCAUCACCCAUGUGCACGUUUACAUUCGGAAACAAAUAUCGACCAAAUGACAUAUUGCCCUACCACUAACUUCAGUCAUCCCAGGACUCCACCAACUGAACAGGGGACUCCAUUUGUUUCGUAUCAUGAAUGCCGAUUCUCCGAUUAUCUUGAUGUUGAUCACACCAGUGGUGACCGUAAUUUGAUGCCAAUGUUGGAGGAGACAACAUCCGAGAUCAAUCCUCCAGCUCGGCAAAAUUUAUUUUGA